GCGACCCCUGUGACGUAAAGCGCUCAUCACCAAUGGCAGCUUGGGGGGCGGCGGCAGAAAGCGAGACCCACUCCGCAGCCCCCCGCGCGUCAAAACACAACACCCGCGUGCGUAACGCAUGCGCAGUAGAAGGACACCGGCACCGAGGGCGGGGCCUAAGAACUCUCGGCCGAGCCCCGGCCCUUCCCCCAUCGUCGCCUCCACUCCCCGAAGGGGAGCUCGGAGAUCCUUCCAGGCACAAAUCAUUACUAUCACCGUCAUUCUUGUGAUCACCAGUUUCUGGGGGUUACAGGCCCACUACUUAAUUUUCGUAUUUAACUUACCCGAAAAACACGAUAACCAGCUUGGUUUCAUUUAAACGUCACCAAACUCUGCGAAAAGUUACUAAAAUUACCUCUAGUUGUAAACAUAAAGGAACUGAGUUAUAUGGAGGUGAAGUGACCGCCUCGGGUUGCACAGCUAGGAAAUAACACUGGAAUUCGAAUGGAAUCCAAAGCCAGAGCCCAACCAGUGUCCUACGCAGUCUUCAUAAAUCUACUCCAGUCUAAGGAUAAACAGGGAUUGCCUAAAAAAACAGGACCUUGAAAUCGUCCCAAAACUGGUAACGUUUUUUUCUCAAAAGAACACUUUUCCCCUUUCCCGUAUCUGGAUUAAAACGCUCUUUAGGUGAUACCUGAGAUGUAUAGACACAACGCCUGAGCCUAAAGCGGCCCAUUGCUCCACUCUAUCCACAGGCCUCGGAUGGGAGCGUCCCAAACAUUCUCAAGCUAAACUUGGUACAACGGCCCAGGCCCGCAGAUCACGUGAGCCUGUCCCCAGCUCCGGGCGGAAGAGGCCGGCCCGGCUGAAGGGAAACGCUCCUGGAGGCGAGGGGCGGGCGCUGAUGCCCGGCUGCAAGAUGGCCGCCACCGCUCGGCAGCCGCCGCCCCGGAGGUUACUCUAAGGCCCGCAGUUUCCCUCCGUUCCCGCUGAACGCCGCAGCCUCCUUACCAUGAAGCCAGUGAGUCGCCGCACCCUGGACUGGAUUUAUUCAGUGUUGCUUCUCGCGAUCGUAUUGCUCUCCUGGGGAUAUGUCAUCUAUGCAUCAACAGUAGUCGCACGACGACAGCUAAGCAAGAAAUACCCAGACAAAAUCUUGGGGAUGAAUGAGAAUUUGUAAUUCUUCUGGAUUUAAUUCUGUGCAUAUAGUUCUUUACCUCAUGCUUAUAUGACACGUGUGUAUAUUUAAAGUAAAAUCCAUUAUGCAGAGUUUCCAA